AUGAUUUGUGAUAACGUAAAGAAGGCACAAGACCGCCAAAAGAGUUAUACAGAUAACAGAAGAAGACCAUUAGAAUUUAAGGAAGGUGAUCAUGUAUUCUUGAAGGCUACUCCAAGGUUAAGAUUGAAAGGACCAUUUAAGUCGCGGAAGUUAAGUCUGAGAUACGUGAGACCAUAUCAGAUUAUAGAAAGAAUUGGUGAAGUAGAUUACAGAUUAGCCUUACCAUCUUUUCUAUCUGAGAUGCGUGAUGUUUUUCAUGUGUCUCAACUACAGAAGUUCAUUCCUGAUCCUCUUCAACCAAUUCUUCCAGAUUCAGUGGGAAUAAAAGCAAAUCUAACUUUUGAACCUCAACCAAGUCGUGUUGUAAUAAGAGAAACUAAGGUGUUAAGGAACAAGGAAAUUACUCUUGUUAAAGUUCGGUGGGAUGCAUUACAUCCGGGUGAUGCUACUCGGGAACUUGAGUAUGAAAUGCCGGAAGCCUACCCUCACCUUUUUCAGACAAUCUUUAAAUUCGAGGACGAAUUUUUAUUUAAGGGGGGAGGAUGCAAUACCCCGAGUUUUCUUAAAUACUCUAAAUGA